UCUAUAUAUAGCAACAUUCUCUCUCAGCGGUGUUUUUGAGAACAAAAAGGGGAGUCGGCGAUUGAAGAUGUGCGGAGGAGCGAUCAUCUCUGACUUAAUUCCGGUGGGUAGGCCCGCGUGGUGGCUAACUUCCGACUGCCUGUGGUCGGAUCUGAAGGAGGGCGGAGCUAGUGCGGCGGGGAAGAAGAAGAAGAAGAACGGCGGGUGGCGCUCGGCGGUGAAAGAUGACUUCGAGGAGGACUUCGAGGAGUUCGAGGAGGAGCUGAUGGAGUCUGAUGUGGAGGUAGUCAACCACAAGCCGCUUGCUUUCGCAUCCAAAGCUGCAGCAAAUGCACCACAUGCACUGAAACCAGUCGAAUUCAGUGGACCUGCAGCUAAGUGUGCCAAGAGGAAGAGAAAGACCCAAUACAGGGGGAUCCGACAGCGCCCAUGGGGAAAAUGGGCAGCUGAAAUUAGAGAUCCUUGUAAGGGAGUUCGUGUUUGGCUUGGAACUUUCAACACUGCCGAAGAAGCUGCAAGAGCGUAUGAUAAUGAAGCCCGUCGUAUCCGUGGCAAGAAAGCUAAGGUGAACUUCCCUGAUGAGACACCACCAGCUAUUCAAAAUCAUCCACUGAAAUUGAAUGCAACAAAAGUACGCGAGCCUAGCCAACCUGAGAAGUUCAACUUCAAUAAUCUUACCAAUUUCCUGAAUGAACCAGAUCAAGAUUUCUGUUCUUUUGACUUCCUUGAAGAGAAAGUACCUAUUGGACAAUCGUUCAUGAAUUCCUUCACCAAUAUGAAACAGUCUCUACCAACUGGGGGACCUGCAAACAAUUUACACUCUGAUCAACAAAGCAACUUUUUUGAUGGUUCCAACAAUAGCCGUGUUACCGAGGUUAAAACUCCUGAGAUCACAGCAUUUCUUGCUUCAAUCAUGACUGGAGCUGAUGAAAUGGCUUGCUUUCAAGGUUCCCCGCCGAAGAAACUGAAAAAUGAUGCUGGAGAACUAAUUCCUUCUGAUAACUCUGCACUCAAACUCUCUUUUUCCAAUCCCAUGAAUUCUGUGCAGGCGCCUUAUCCAUACAGUGGUAACUCAGACUUUCUAAGUAGUGAUGUGAUUCAGAAUAUAUGUGAUAUGGAUCUCUGGAACUUUGAAGAUCUCCUGUCAAUGCCAGAGAAUAGUGCCAAUGGACCUUAUACUAUGUAAAUAAGAAGCAAAUGUAAGUCAUCUUCUUCCAAUAGUGCCAAGGGACCUUAUACUAUGUAACUAAGAGGCAAAUGUAAGUCAUCUUCUUCCAUUUGAAUGGCUAAGCCAUUUUUUUUGCCUAAAGUAUUUAACAUUGUGAAAGAUGGUACCUCCCUUUUCCCCGUUUGUUUCAGGCAGCAAUGCUUACGGAGAUAAUGAGAAUCAGUUGUGUCAGCUACGGUUAACUGAUUAAACAUUUGAAUAUCCUAUUUUCGAAGGGGCUUGAUAUAUU